CUUUCGUCAUUACCAGGUCAAAUGAUGUCUUCGUACAUUUUAUUUUCCAGAAAGUUUUGUUGGCUGUGGUUCUUCUGGCGACAGUUAUCAUUCUAAUCGCAUCCCAGACCAUGGUCAACUCGUCACCCCACAUUUGGAUAUACUUCAUUGCGAAAGAGAACGAUAACAUCGUGUCAGCACAGAGUAGUCGUGACAACCCCAUGACGUCAGAUAUUGAUGCCAGUAAUGUGACGUCUAGCAAGUUCAACAACGGGAGUCACCCGAAUCCUUUGGCGUCGCAGAUUGGCGCAACUUCUGAAGUGGAACCUACCUGUGUACGACAGAAAGACUUAGCCUUCAUCAAGACGCACAAAACAGGAAGUACCACGGUGGCUUCCAUCAUGCACCGAUACGCACUCUCGCAUUGGUUAUCGUGUUUAGCCUACAAAUCAGACCCUACGCGAGGCCAUAUCAGAUUCGAUGUGCUCAAAGAGCGCUCCAACCGCAAAUUCAUCCCACCGCUUGGCGUCCGUGACGGAGACUACGAGAAUUACAAGGACUACAAUAUGCUGGCAGUCCACGUGCGCUAUCAGCCGGAGAUGUUGAAGAAGUUUAUGGCCGAAGAGACGAAGUACAUCACAAUUCUCCGAGAACCGAGCUCGCAUUUCGAGUCUGCCUUUACGUUCUUUGGAGCAGAGAGUGAGCUCUUUGGUACCCAUCACGUCGGCAAUAUAGCCAAGUUUGCCAAAAAGCCGAGCCAGCACUGGAACCAACUCUCAAGAGGCCAUAAGAAAUAUUACACGCACAAUGGGCAGAUGUUUGAUCUCUCAUUAGACCAAAGGAUACACACCGAUAGAACGAUUGUGAAAUCGAUCAUUGGUGAUAUCGCAAAGAAAUUCAGCUUGGUCUUGAUCAUGGAAUAUAUGGAUGAAUCGCUUCUGUUGCUGAAGAAAUUAAUGUGUUGGGACUUCAGGGACAUUUCCUACGUCGUAAAGAACCACCGCGCGCAUACCUCCAAGAUGGCGGACGGCGUGCGCGCGGCGCUGCGUAAAUGGAACUCGGCGGACAACCUGUUAUACGAGCAUUUUAAUGCCACACUGUGGAAGAAGAUUGCUAAAUACGGACCGACGUUCAAGGAAGACUUAGUGAAAUUUAGAGAAAUCUUGAAAGAAGACUACGACGAGUGUGUAGCCCAGGAAUUAAUAAAAAGAAAGAAUAAAAUUGUAAGGACGGAGUUGGCUAAUAAUUCCGACUAUUGUACCAAUUUGGCAGGUAGUCCAUAUCGUUUAUUUAACAAAGUUUACAAAAGGCAGAUUGGUAACAUGAAAAUGAAUUAACAUAUUAUGAAACUGACAUUAUAUGACGUUAUCCUGCUCCCUUCGGGAGCUUACGUAUACGUAAGAUCGUAUCUCUGUGACGUUAUCACCUCAUAACGCCCUCCCUCAGAGGACAUAGGAAUACGCGUAAACGGAGAUUUGACAGAGAUGCGCCAGCUGCAGCUCACCUACGCAUGCAAGGCAAUUAUUCAUUGCUUCAGCUACUAAGAUGGCGGUGCGGUGACGUCAAAGAAUACGAUUUAUGAAAAAUGUUGUAUAAGAUUGUUGAAAACGGUCUUUAUAAGAAGUACAUCCACCAUGAGAAUGCAAAUAAAUGCGUCCAUAAGUUUUGAAAAUUUGGGAGACCAUUAACGAGGGAACGAAGUGAGUCAGUGACCAAACCGAUACUCUAUAUUAUGUGUCAUAUUCGUGGGAGCUCAAAAAUACGUAUCAGAAAAGUAUUAUAUAUAUUGCCUGCCGAUAGGUUGAUUAAAGUAAAUGGGAUUGAUUUUUUAAUUGAUUGCUAGGAAAGCAUGAAAGCUUAAAGUCAAGCAACCAGAGGACCGACGGCUUAGGGUCCUCUCCUGGUAGCGAGGAUUUAAAUGCCUUACCAAAGGGGCACCAAUUGGGAAUCGACCCCGCGGGUCACCGCAAUACGAAACCCCGCUCU